GCGGCAGAUCCAGUCAGUCAGUCCGCCGCAGCAGUCCGACAGUGCGGCCACUCGUGCUCUCGACGUCCGCGGAGCUCCACGGUUGUGUGGCUAUGAUCUGAAGGCUCUCCCCGCGGACAUUAUAACAUUUACGGAUAUGAGGACACCUGCUACAGCCUCUUCUUCCAGACGGCGGAUCCAGAUCCCUGACAAGCACCGCAUUUCUCCCAUUUCACCGAGCAAAUGAGAAAGGAGAUUCACCAUGACAGUUGUCCUGCUGACCUCCAUCACUGAGGGACUACAGCCCUUCUUCUUCCUGGUUUCUGGAUUUAUCAUUGCUGGCAUGAGAUAAUAACGUGGCUCAGACCGUGAAUGCUGCUACUACAACACCUGUGGCAGUGUUAGACCCACCCCCUGUGACCCCUAACCCCUCCCUGAGCCAAGUUCACAUCCAGAGUGUAAAACAUGACCACUCCCGCCCUCCUGCCGCUGUCUGGCCGCAGGAUACCCACCCUCUCGACGGGCACCUCCUCGUUCCCCCACCACAGGGCUACACUCAGGCUCUCGGAGAAGUUCAUCCUGCUGCUUAUUCUCAGUGCCUUCAUCACGUUAUGUUUCGGGGCCUUUUUCUUCCUCCCGGACAACUCUAAGCACAAGCGCUUUGACCUGGGCCUGGAGGAUGUGCUCAUCCCACACUUCGACUCUCCCAAAGAGGGCAAGCACGCCUCGGGACAGGUGGUCAUACAUGGACAGGGAGGACAUGAUGAGCACCGACACAGGGCGGAGGAGGAGAGCCUGCGGGAUAAGAUCCGAGCGGACCAUGAGCGAGCGCUGCAGGAGGCUAAGGAGAAGCUGCGAAAAUCACGUGAGGAGCUCCGGGCCGAGAUACAAACUGAGAAGACUAAGGUGGUGGAGGACUUGAAGAAAAAGGACCCAGGGCCAAGACCUUUACCUCCAGUGCCCAUGCCCCAAGUGGUAGGAGUGAACGAUGGAGAGCCACCAGAGCCCGAUGUCAAGGAGAAACGAGACAAGAUCCGAGAGAUGAUGAAACAUGCUUGGGACAGUUACAGACAGUACGGCUGGGGUCACAACGAGCUCAAACCUAUUGCCAAGAAAGGACAUUCCACAAAUAUAUUUGGUAAUUCCCAGUUAGGAGCCUCCAUAGUGGAUGCCUUGGACACUCUUUUCAUCAUGGGGCUUCAAGAAGAGUUCAAGGACGGACAGGAGUGGAUCGAGCAGAAUCUGGACUUCAGUAUAAAUGCCGAGGUAUCAGUGUUUGAGGUCAACAUCCGCUUCAUCGGAGGUCUACUGGCUGCAUACUACCUCUCAGGACAGGAGGUUUUCAAGAUGAAAGCAGUGCAGCUGGCAGAGAAGCUCAUCCCUGCCUUUAACACUCCCACUGGAAUCCCCUGGGCUAUGGUCAACCUCAAGACUGGUGUUGGCCGUAACUGGGGCUGGGCCUCGGCUGGCAGCAGUAUCCUGGCGGAGUUUGGAACUUUGCACAUGGAGUUUGUCCAUCUCACCUACCUGACGGGCAACCCUGUGUACUACCAGAAGGUGAUGCACAUUCGUAAGCUGCUCGCCAAAAUGGACCGCCCCAAUGGUCUUUACCCAAACUACUUGAACCCUCGGACUGGUCGCUGGGGGCAACAUCACACCUCAGUUGGAGGACUGGGAGACAGUUUUUAUGAGUACCUGCUAAAGGCAUGGCUCAUGUCAGACAAGACUGAUACAGAAGCUCGCAAGACGUACGAUGAUGCUAUAGAGGCCAUUGAGCGGCACCUCAUACGCAAAUCCAACGGAGGCCUGACGUUCAUCGGGGAGUGGAAGAACGGGCAUCUGGAGCGGAAGAUGGGCCACCUGGCGUGCUUCGCUGGUGGGAUGCUCGCUCUGGGUGCUGACGGCUCUCCUGAUGACAAGGCCGGACACUACCUGCAGCUGGGGGCCGAGAUCGCACACACCUGUCACGAGUCUUACGACAGGACGGUAUUGAAGCUGGGUCCAGAGGCCUUUAAAUUUGACAGCGGUCUGGAGGCGGUGGCGGUGCGUCAGAAUGAGAAAUACUACAUCCUGCGCCCUGAGGUGAUCGAGACCUACUGGUACAUGUGGAGGUUCACCCAUGACCCCAAGUACCGGCAGUGGGGCUGGGAGGCUGCUCAGGCCAUAGAUAAAUACUGUCGUGUGAGUGGAGGCUUCUCUGGUGUGAAGGACGUCUACUCCUCCAAUCCCACGUAUGACGAUGUGCAGCAGAGCUUCUUCUUCGCCGAGACUCUCAAGUACCUGUACCUGUUGUUCUCCAAUGACGACCUGUUGCCAUUGGAGACCUGGGUGUUCAACACUGAAGCCCACCCGCUGCCCGUGCUGCACUUGGGCAACAUCACUCUCCCGGGCAGUGAGCCGUCCCAGCGGUAGAGCCCACACUGGACACGCCCCCUCAGACUGUCCCAGGACAGACUGGAACUUUCUGUGACUCUGUUUUAAUUACACGGACGGUGGCCAUAACCGACUGGAAUCAAACUUUCAUCUGAAGGACCGGGCUCCAAUCGCGCAGGCUUGAAUUAGAUUUUUUUCUUAUUUUGAGUUGAUUUGACCAAACUUUGAUGGGUGCUGCCUGGAGGCACUUCUAUGAAGGAUCAUGACACUUUGACACUGUCUCGCAGACAGAUGGACCGACAGGUGCGGACUUGACAGGGUCUGUUUUAGGUGUGGGUUUUUCAUUUCACUGAAGGACAAAUCAUUACCAGGACACAGGGUGAGACUCGACGUCCUCCUCCCCCUCGGCCCUGUCCCACUCCACCUCCUGUUAAACUCCACCUGAACUGAGCAAAUCAUCAGAGGAGCAAACAUCUCCAUGACCUUUGACCUUCUGCUGCUGCUGGACUCUGCUCUUCAAAGCUCUCUGACCACAGCUUUCUUUGUGCACACCUUUUCUUAUCUCCCGUCCAUUUUGUACAUUUAGACCUAUCAUCUUUAUCUGUGUGAGCGAAUGUGAGAGUGAGAGUUAUUGACUCAGCUGCAAAGGUGCACUUUUUACUGUGUGUCAGAGUUUAGGGGAAGCACUUAAAAUAGUUACCCAACUUUUGUUUCUCAGACAAAUUGAGAGGAUUGUCCCUGCAAUUACAGUUUACCAGAUGCAACCCCAGUGUUGUGUUAAAUUAUAACUGUCAUGUUUUAUACUGCCUCCUGAUACUGUACUUUCAAACUCUAAACCAUACCUCAUACACAUUCAAGUAAAAUAUCUGGAAUAGCGAAGAAGUGUAAAACAUCUUAUUGUGGCAAAAAGUUAAACAGUCAACCAAACCUUACGAUCGAUGUGGUCACACAGAGGUAAAAUAUUUUUGUGAAUCUUUUUUUUUUAAUUAUUAUUAUUAUUAUACUGCUCUUUCUUUUAUUUCCAUUUAAAUAAAACCUAAAAUUCAGCAGCAGUUUUGGGGCAUUCAUGGGGUCCUUGGGAACUGGAUUAUUUUUUUUUUUAGGUUGAAAACUGCACAUGAACACUCGCACAAUCACCUGCUGUGUGAAGACGGCAAAUAUCAGCUGAUUUUAUUAUAUGAGGACUUUGACAUUAUGUUUUUAUGGCAUUACUUUAAGUCAUCCAUAUCAUAAGUUAGCUAGUUAGCGAGUUAGCUGUCAAUAGCCGGUCAGUGAUUAUAUAUUUGAAGAUGAGAUAAAAACACAUGAAUCUGUUGAAAACGCGAGCACCCAAGGACCACAUAAAUGCACCCUUACUUUUCUCCAAGAAGAUCUCUGUAGUAAGAACCUGUGUGUGAAUGUGCGUGUGUGUGCGCGUGCGUGCAUGAGUGCGAACUGACAGCACGUUAGAAUCUGUGAUGUGUCUCUGGUUCUGCCGUUUGACUACUAAAGUUGAAGAGCAGGAAUUGCACUAAAGCUGAAGGAGUUUUGUUUAUUUCAAGCCUUAUUGUUUAAUGUGAAGCCAAUACUGUGUUCAUUUAUGUUCUUUACAACUGCAUUAUUGAUUGUGUUUCAUGUGUUUUGUUGUUUUUAUGUUCAUUUCAUUUCAUUUUUUUUUUUUUUUUUUUUUUUUUUUGGUUAUUUAAUAACUCAAAUAUCUUCACAAAUGCCUUAUAAUUUUUGAUUAUUAAAACUCCAGACAUAUCUUUGUGGCCAAACUUUGUGUAUUGCAAAAUAUUAAGAUUAAUUUAUACACAAUCAAAUCAAAAUAUUGCAACAUUUUAUUAAGGGUUAGGUCUAAGACAACAAAUACACUUUAUUCAUAAAUUUGCUUUGUUUUUUAAAAUGAUCACACUAAAAGCAAUACAUAUUUUAAAUAAAUUCGGCUUUUUAAUGUUACAACUUACAUGAUUUUGAUCAACAUUUACCCUUUUAUAACAUCAAUUAUAGAGCCAAUUUAAGUAAACUAAACAUAUUUAAACUCUCGCACUCCCGGCAUCCCAUCAUGCACCAGUGUCCCUCACAGGCACCGUGACUCCCCGCCCCUUUUCUCUGACAUCACAAUGACAUCAUCCCCGGUCGACCCUGGGCUUCACCGAGUCUCUGAGCGCGGAGGAUUUUGAAAAAUGAAAAAUGUUCUGUAUUUGUAUUUUUACUGAAGUGAAAAAAAUAAAUGAAAGUAUCUGUAAAUAUGUUUAAAACUUAAACACAUUAAAGAUGUUAUGAAAAGUGA